UAUGUUCUGGUUGCUGUAACUAUGAAACGUAUCUAGGUCGAGAGUUGACUUCGUGGCUGUCGGGACUCGGGAGAAUGGCGUCGAAAGGGCACGCGGUGAUUCAAUAGUUAGGACGCUGUUUUCAAUAUUAAGAGCACUAUGGCUCUACGGCGACUGCUCGGAUUUGCAGCUAGCGGUGCAACCGCAGCUGCGCCUGCCUUCGCGCCUACGGGAGGCCCGCUGUGGCGCGGCGCCCACGCCGGCACCCUGCUACAUGCGGGUGAACACCACCCCCAUGAUUCAACUGCGGGGGCCGGGCUGCACGUCGUGUGGCCGGGAGCCGGCACUGGCUACUUCUGGCAGGCUGGCGUCAUGUCAUGCCUGAACCGGCACUUCCGCAUGAGCGCCGUGCCCAGCGUGGGCAGCAGCGCCGGCGGCCUGGUGGCCAUACUGGGCGCCUGCGACGUGCCGCCACGGGAGGCGGUGCGCGCCGCCUUCCGGCUGGCUCGCGAGGCGGGCGUGUACGAACGGCGGCUGGGGCUGCUGGGCAUUUGGAGGGGGCUGGUGCAGCGGUGGCUGCACGAGCUGCUGCCGGCCGACGCGCCCGCCCGCUGCGCCAACAUCGACAUCGUAGUGACGGAGCUGCCCUCGCUGCGGCCGGUGCGCCUGAGCGGCUGGCGCGGCCGUGACGACCUGAUAGGCGCGGCGCUGGCCAGCGCGCACAUACCGCUGCUGCUGGACGGCUCGUUCGCGGUGCGCUGCCGGGACCGACUUGUGAUGGACGGCUCCUUCCACUACUCCAUUCUGGACCGGCCCGAGUCCCUGCUGCCGCCGGGCGGCACCUGCCUGGUGUUCGACCCGCGCCACGACCCGGCCCUGUCCUCCGCGCUGCCGGGCGGCGGCGGCCCGGGCGCCUGCCUGCGCUCGCUGGACGACGCGGCGGCGGCGCGGCUGGUGGGACUGGGCAGCGCGUAUGCGGACCGGCUGAUGCGCAGCGGGCUGCUGGACAGGUGUGGACUGCAGGCACACGCCCGAUGAUGACGCCUCUCAUGCGGUCCCAGGCCAAGCCUGGGCGUAGCUUAUCCGGGUAGUCCCUCUUAACAUGUGCUAAGUAAGCGACGCGUCGCCUGCAAGCGCUCGCGAUGGCGUGUGCUGGGCCGGCAUCGCUGCGGGUGGCGGGCGGGCGUCAGCAUCUCGGGCAAAGGGCAUUUUGUGACGUGCGCGGAUGUGAACAGCUUGGCCUUACUUGCAUGCUCAUUAUGCGUUCUUUUUGAGAAAAUAUCGGAUACAGAAAGAAUCUAUACAGAUGCAGUAUCAAGUAUACGGUACGCAUGCCGUGCUUUGCAAUGGAGGCCAGCGCACGAGAGCGUGCCGGGGCGUUACCUACUUGGCCCCGGCUGCUCAUAUGCAAUAAAUUCUAGUGCGCAUUGUUCGCAUUGCAAGGUUUCACAGGCGCUGCUAUGCCAUUUGAUGGUGCGCUAUGCCAUACCAUACGGAUCAGUUGGACUGGCUUGUGUCCGGCGCGUUGGGCCGGGAAAGCAAUGAGGGCCGGAAAGUAAAUGUGGGCCGGAAGCAGUCAGCUGUGUUCUGCGGUGCGCAAAAUGAUGAGAAACUGCGUUGGUGGUUGGCCGUAUGCUCUGUGGAGAAUGAAACAAUAAGUUAGAACGGCGGCGGCGCGUGUGACAUGAUAUUACCGUAUCACCGUAUACGUACUGUUCGACACGUUGUUGGAUGGUUGAGGCCGCGAGCCGUACAUGCGUGCAUGCGUGUACGGAACAUGCGCUGCAAGCCGAGGCAAGUCGGGGCAGGGAAACGGGGAUCGGGCUGGUGUUCGUGAAGGGAGCAAGGGCCGAGGACGGACGUAGUGAAGGCGGGCAAGGGCCGAGGACGGACGCGGGGCACCGGGACCGCUUGCGAAAGGCUUAGCGGUGGCCCCGGUGUCGGGCAGCACGUCGCAUGCAAGGAUUGUCAGCUGGCUGGGGAUGCAGGAGAUGAAGCAAGGUGCUGCUGCUGCUGUGUGGUUACAAGGUCUCUGAAUGGGACAUGAUAACGGUUGGCUUGGACGUGUGCUGCUUCCCGGUCUGGGCUAGGGCAACGGCAGCACGCGACUUUGGCAUGCGGCGCGUGAGGGCUUCGUGACUUCGUCCCAGAAAGCGGCCAUUGCCCGCUGGGCUGAGUUAGCUGUAGGAAGCUGCGCCAUCUGCAACCGUAGCAGCAAGCAACAUCUGUUCCCUGCACUAUGUCACCUGCUCGCUCUUCGUUAUUGCACUGCGUGUUCUGUUGGCUGCGCUGUACGUGCCGAGAGUCGGUGCUGGCGGCUGAGCAACUGUGUGCGCGGCUGCUGUCGUGGGUGGCCGUGUGGCGGGCUACGGCGGUAUGGCUUCGCGCUCAUAUCGUGUGCGAUGGGACAGUGUUAAGGCAGGUUGGUGAAGUCCCGUAGGGUGCAGCUGAUUCCCAGACCGCAGCAGAUGGCAAACAGGCUACGGAAUGAUGGCUUCGCGCGCAUAUCGUAGCACUGGGGACGGUUGGGCCUGGUAACAAGCAGGGGAGGGCGGUUUCUCCAGUGGUUGAGUGGUUCAGUCCCACCAGGGUUGCGUAGUUCGUAGUACGCGUACUAUGUACUACGUACUGUACGCUGCCCUCGUCGGCUAGUACGUUGGAAAAUACGUAGUGCUGGGGAAACCAGCGGGGUGGGCCGUGGCAGCGCCGUGGCGGGCGAGGGGCGCGAGGGGUGCUGGAAAGGAUGUCCGUCGAAGUUCGCGAACCAUGGCUGCUCUCCGCAAUGCAGCUGUGUUUUCUUAUAACAAUAUGAGUAUAAUAAGUUGAAGGAUAUCCCACUAGAAGACUAUGGCCGCACAAAUUCAAAGUCACACCGAUUCGGGCAUGGUGCGGGCACGCGUGCCGUGUUUGCGUUGGCUUCCCCCCCCGGAUUUCCUGGCCCAGCGUAUUAUGUACCGUAUUUUAACGUACUGUACUAGAAAUCCUAGUACGCUGUAUUAAUACGCGUAUUAUGCAGAGAGGGUCGCGCACUAGGCAACCCUGAGUCCCACCAUGUGGUCCAUACGGACCAGUAAAGGGACCUCCCGUAUCAAGAAUU